AUGAAAUGGGAUGGCAUCGCCAAACGCCUGCCAGGCAGAAGCUCCAUUUCGUGCCGUCUACGUUAUCAAAAUUACCUGGAGAAGCGCGCCGUCUGGGAUGAAGAAAAGAAGAACAAGCUCGCGAGACUUUACGCUCGUUUCAAGGACCAGAUGUGGCAGAAAGUGGCGACCGAAAUGGGAAUUCCAUGGCGUUUAGCCAAGUCCAUGCAUUGGCAGCUUAGAGAACAGGAGAUGAGCGCGCGUGCAAAUGCUCCAAUUUUUUAA